CAGUGCAACUGUCAAGUGUCCCUGUAAAAUAAUAAAAUUAUAAAAUGAAAAUUUUUAAUUUUUAGUUUGAGUAAGAAUAAAAUUGUGAUUUGUAGCGGUCAAGUCAAAUAAUACGAAAGAAAAGGGCCAAUUUAAGUUUAUCAAUCGUUAUAAUACUACAAAUAACAGUACGGACACUCUAUAGUAAGUUAUGCAGUUCAAGUUUGCUGUUAGAACUUUCAGUAAAACAAAAUAUAUUUUAUUACAACCUAGAAGAUUAAAUUCAAAAGUGCCUUCGAAUCCAGUAAUAACAUUAGAAAAACAAGUCAUUCAAAAAACCAGAGUCGAUAUAAACACUAUAUCUCUUUUGGAGAGACUUUCCCUAGUGAAAUGCGAUACAGACGAAGGUGUUAAAGUUUUGGAGGAUUCUAUUGCAUUUGCGGACAAAAUUCUUCAUAUAGAUACCACUGGGGUGGAACCUCUUUACACUGUUUUAGAAAACGAGAAUCUAAGUUUACGCGAUGACAAAAUAACUCAAGGCAACUGUCAAGCAGACAUAUUGAAGAAUGCAGCCAUAACAGAAGAUGAUUAUUUUGUUGCACCCCCAGGAAACAUCCCCUUGCAUGAAGUACAAUCAGAAUCAAAAAAUGAAGAAAUAUUAAAAAAAAAUGAGAAUUGAAUUACAAAAACUUACAUCUAUAGCAAAAUUUCUUGCUAUAAAACAUUCUAUUAAAACACAAACAGUGCUAGCUUUAGAGAAGCCAAGUAGAAUUUUACUACAAAAUAUUUACCAUAGCUGGUUGAAAACCAUU